AUGUCAGAAAACAAAGAAGACUGGUUUGCUAACGUGGAGAACAUCCGUCCUGUUCGAGGAGGGCGAUCAGCCCAAACCUUGGCUACAUUAGGCAGAGGAUCAGCUAAGCUUUCACACUUAGAAGUCGAGAACAAAUUCAGAGAAGAAAUUCGAACGGCUCGGAAAGCAGAAGAUCCUUUGGCCGUCAUGAUCAACUUCCUGAAAUGGUUUCAAGAACAAUUUCCAAGUGGAAAGGCUUCGUUGUUGUAUCCCAUGUUGUACAAGGCCUGUAUUACAUUUGGAAAUGACAAAAGGUUUCAAAUGGACGAAAGAAUGUUGAAGUUGUGGACCGAAUUGGCCGAAAACUUUCCAGAACGAGGCUUGGCCGUGAUGCAGUUUGCUUACACUAGAGGUUCUUUGCGACACAUGGCAAAGUUUUACAUAAGAUGGAGUGACAUGUAUGAUACAAUGAGUAAGUUUAUAUAUAUUUUUGCGUUUUAUGAUUUUAGCUUACCUGUAAUAGAAGGUUUGCUUUUUUACAGGAAUAGUGAAAUCUGUUUGUUAAAUGGGUAUUAAGUUAUGACUACAACUGUCGAUGUCGCUUUUAUAUUAUAGAAAACUCCAAAAAAGCAAGAGAGAUCCUUCAACUUGGAAUAAGCAAUUGUGCUGUACCAAUCGAUCUUCUCCAUGAAGCAAGAGAUCGUUUGGAGAUGAGAUUGGUACGAGAUUGUGUGCUGGCCAAAAAUUUGGAUGACUCGGAUUACGAAGAAAUGGACAUGGAUCACUCAGAAGACCCUGAUUUUGAUUAUUCAGCGUACACUCAACCAAGGCGACCAAUAGCCCGACUUCAAGGACUUGGAGACACCGGAGAAGCUCCAAUGAUACGAAAAGCUUUGAGUACACCACUGGGACCAAUCAGAGGACUUCCACAGAUGACUCCUCAGCCGUCUUUUGAGAUUCUGGCUGAUACUCCGGUUCAACAAACACCAAGACAAACCACUGGCAGUAAGAAGGCCAAACGAUUGGCUGAUGAGUUUGCGGAGGAUCCAGAUUAUAUGGUGAGUUACAUAUUUUUUUGAAAUAAUGUUAUUUAGCUUACUGUACAGGUUGAUUAUAAUGUUUUUCCUUUCAGUCGCUAUUCGGGUUCUUCGAUCACCGUCCAAAGGCGAAUCUUCACCUUCAUACAGACGAAAACAAUCCAAGGCCUAGUAAUUGGAAGGAAUGCGGAGUCAAAGAGAUCAUUGAAACCGCAAUACCAGAAGCGGAGUUUGAGAUCUACAGUGAUGAACCAGAAACUCAGCCAAAAGCUGCACCAAUUGUACCAAAAACUCCCAGAACAGGACCAGUUAAGGCCAAGAUGAAGCUGAGGAAAGACUUUGCAUUGGAGAUGAGUAUAGAAGAAGGCUACGCGAUGUUGAUAGAGAACAACAAGGUAAAGAUGUUCGGAGAUUGUGCUCCAUUUAGUGUCCAUGAAGAUGGAGAAGCAUAA